CCCUCGAAGUAAACAAACGACUCAAGAUGGCGUCCGUUAUGAGGAUGAGCUUCAUUUGUCUUGUGACAGUCGUUUCACUUGUUCAAUUCUGUGUAUCACUUCCGGGAUCAGCUGGAUUCACAAAUUACGCUGCCCUCUCCGACAUGAUAUCACACUCCAUAAAGACCGCAGUCAAAGAACUCGAGAUAAAGAAACAUUUUGAAGAGCAGCAUUUUCAUUCAGGAAAUGAUCGAAAAUUGUUGGAAGGUCACUUGUGGCACCACGCCAAGUUCAUGUUUUCUGGAGACCGAGGAAAACUUACACAGCUCAAGGACAAGGCGUACAUCAGUGUUCGAGCGACCAGGGAGCUACUCAGUCUAACAAAGCUACCGUUAGAAGUAUUACAGUCUGACCCACAAGUAGUUACGAAGUGGCGAAAGUGUAUCGCUCCGUAUUGUAACUGCCCGGUCCCGGAGUGUAACCCAAAACAAUGUUAUCGUACGGCCGAUGGUACUUGUAACAAUUUACAAUACCCCAACUGGGGAGCCUCGAUGAAGCCACAACUACGCUACCUACCGGCGGCGUACAGCGAUGGAAUAAACAUGCCCCGAAUCUUCAGUAUCACCGGUAAACUCCUUCCUAGCGCUCGAUUGAUCAGUAACGUCCUACACAGUACUGGUACCUGUCACCUUGACGAGAAAGGUCACUCUGUACUGCUGAUGUCAUGGGGUCAGUUGAUCGACCAUGACUUCCAAGGAACCCCCAUGACCAAAGGUUUUAACAAUUCGGACAUCAUGUGUUGUUCCCUUGGGGAAUCUGCAGCCGACCAAAGGGGUUCCUGCUUUCCAAUAAAGGUCCCAUUGCAUGACCCUCGAUUCAGAUCCAAAUGUAUGAACUUUGUAAGAUCUUCGAUUGCACCCACGCAAUUCUGUGAUAUGGGUGUACGUAACCCUGUCAACCAACACUCAUCCUUCAUUGACGGUUCUUUACUGUACGGAUCCACACAGGAAAAACAAAACAGACUGCGCACAGGCUACGGAGGUUUAAUGAAGAUGAGUGAUAACGGUUUGCUGCCUCCCGCGGAUAGUUCCAAAUGUAUGCUUUCUAAUCCUGGGGAGUACUGCUUCGACGCGGGUGAUGACAGAAAUUCUGUGGUUCCAACUCUCGCUGUUCUCCACACACUCUUCGUCCAAGAACACAACAGGAUAUGUAAAAAACUUCAAUAUCUAAAUCCUUUCUGGGCGGAUGAGAAAAUAUUCCAAGAAGCAAGAAAAUUGGUAGCAGCCAUUAUACAACACAUUAACUAUAAUGAAUAUUUACCGCCUAUUCUUGGUGAAGAGUAUAUGAGGACUCACGGAUUGCAAUCUACGCCGAAAGGACACCAUACGGUAUACAACCCGAAGGUCAAUCCUACCGCUUCUAACGUAUUUGGCGUUGCAGCUUUUCGUUUCGGACAUUCUCAGAUUCCAAACUUCUUUGGUAUGAGAGAUCCACAUACUCAACUGACAAAAACAGUACCGGUAGAAUUCACCUUCAACAGACCAGCUAUGCUCUUUGAUGACAAUGGCCGUGGGUGUGGAAGAGUCGUCCACUGGCAACUCAACAACAAACAAGCCAAUCAAGAUAGAUUUAUACAGGAUGGAGUGAGAAAUAAGUUGUUUUUGGAUAAAGAAGGAAACAGUUUUGAUUUGGCCGCUCUGAAUAUUCAGAGAGGUCGGGAUCAUGGCAUAGCUCCCUACAACGCAUGGAGAAAAUGGUGCGGAUUUAAACCUGCUUUCCACUUUGGUGUUGGGCCCGGGGGACUUGUUGACCACGAUCCAGAAUCAGCAAUGCUUCUGUCCAAAGUAUACAAUCAUCCUGAUGAUAUCGAUCUGUACACGGGAGGAUUAGCAGAGAUAAGGUUGAAAGGCGCGCAGACAGGACCUACCUUUGCCUGCAUCCUUGCUAAACAGUUCGAGGCAUUCAAAGUGGGUGACAGAUUUUGGUACGAAAAUGAUUUCCCUGCAAUCGGAUUCACCAAAGGUCAGAUAAAUGAAAUAAAAGGAAUCACUUUGUCCAAACUAUUGUGUACUAACCUUGGACUACGACAAAUCCAGCCGAAUGCUUUCUUAGUACCAUCCUUCAAGAAUCCACUUGUCGGAUGCGAGUACUUACCAGAUAUUGACUUGCGCCAUUGGAUCGAGGACGGCCGAAAAACCAAUAAACCAUACCGCGUAAUGGCUUUCAAUCCAUACAUUAUCGCACCGUAUAAUAAAAUGCCUUUCUGGAUUUUCUCUUACUUACCAAGGAGCAUGGCCUUUCCCGCUAUGUAUGGAACUGUUAAAGCUAAUUUCAAUAGUGACGUUUAUUAAAACAGUUUGUCGGACUAAUACUGGAUGUUGGGGACUUCAUUCGGUUGUGGAUACGUUUAAAAACCGGUGUCCGAGGGAAGUGACUAAUCUAUAUAAAAUAAAUAAUUAUAAAACCUUGAA